CUCAACAUCAUGAAGAUUGUCAUUUUCGGAAGUGGUCUCAUCGGCCGCUGCUGGGCGCUUUUGUUUGCGCGCGCCGGCAACACGGUGCAGCUGUACGACAAGGAGCCAGCCCAACUCAACGGCGCGCUGGACGACAUUGAAUCCAAGCUCAAGGGCCUGCAGAGCUCCGGCUUGCUCCAGGGCCAGGCCGUGGCGGACGUUCUGAAGCGCAUUUCAACCACGACCGAUCUCGAUGGCGCCAUCACCGGCGCCGACUAUCUUCAGGAAUGCGUGCCGGAUAUCGUUGAUCUCAAGCGCAACGUGUUUGCUCAACUCGACGCGCUGGUCGAGAAGACUGGAAACUCAAAGAUUAUUCUUGCCAGCUCAACGUCGGUCAUUCCCGCGUCCACGUUCACCGAACCACUCAAGCACCGUUCGCGCUGCUUGGUGGCCCAUCCUAUCAACCCGCCCCACUACAUCCCGGUCGUCGAGGUCGUCCCGGCCCCGUGGACCAGCCCCGAGGUCACGGCAGAGACGCGUCGCAUUCUGGACAGCAUCGGUCAAGCGCCAGUGGUGCUAAAUUGUGAAGUCGAGGGGUUUCUCGUCAACCGCUUGCAGUUUGCCUUGCUCAUGGAAGGCUAUCGCUUGGUUGAGGCUGGUGUGUGCUCGCCAGCGGACAUCGACACCACGAUUAGCAAGGGCCUUGGUCUGCGCUGGUCGUUCAUGGGUCCGUUCCAGACGAUCGACUUGAAUGCGCCUGGAGGUGUGGAUGACUACUGCAAGCGUUACAACCCCGGCGUCGUUCGCGUGUGCAAGGACUUUGGCGAGACAAAGGAUCCUUCGCCCGAAACGGUCGCCGCCAUCAACGCCGCCAUGCGUGAGGAAGUGCCGUUCGAAGACCUCGCAAAACGUCGUGAGUGGCGCGACAACCGUCUGGCUGCGCUCGCCGUGCACAAGCUCCAAAUGGACCAGCUCGACAAGGCAUCCAAACAGUGACGACGCGAUGAUUGUAGCGAAAAUGCAUAUGAAUUUUUGUCGCGAAAAAACAACAACACACCCCUCUCGUCCACGCAUGUCAUUGAUUUUAUUUCGUUUUGCUUCCGAAACAAUUCGC